AAAAAGCAAAAAGCUAAAAGCAAAAAGCUAAAAGCAACAAAAGAACAGAAAAUUAUUGGCAACGCGAAGCCCCAAAUCAAAUAACGUGGCGCAGGCCAAAAACAGUUUGAUGCUAAACGCUCGCUCGCGAUGACGAUGACACAAUAGCACGCAAUCAAAAGGCAGCCUCAGCCCCAACCACAACCCCUAACCAUUUCAAAGAAAUAACCCAAAAAGUUAGCUACAAUUAUUGUGAUAAUAUUACGCAUACGCAACGUGUAUCGAUCAACAAGUCAGGGAUAAAUAUAAAAUAUCAAAAUAUUCGUGUCAUUUUUUAAGUGCGUAGCAGAACAACAAAUAAAAGAAACAAAUAUAAAAAAAAUAAAUAUAUCAAAAUACAACACACAACAACAAAAUAUCUUGCUGUGAAGUGAAGUUCUGUCAAGAGAAAAAAUCAUUUAUUUUUGCCACAACGCAAAAACGAAAUGUUUUGUGUUAUAAAAAGAAAUUUGUACGAAAUAUUAUAGAUACCAGCAAAAAGCUUAGAAGUGUGUGCAAAUAAAAAACGCUCUUAAGUAGAAAAUAAAUAUUUUCAUUUAUAUAUCUACCUAUAGAAAUAUAUUGUAAAGUAUAAGCCGACAAAACGGGCACUCGUCUACGUGAACCCAGCGCCAAGGGACGCAGUCAGAGCAAAAUGAUCUACAUAGAUGACUCAGAGCCGGAAGGCGUUCUGGAGCCCGCUUUUCCAAUGCGCGAUGUGACCAUAAACCGCAAUGUGGACGCCCAUAAAUUGUACGACGUGCUCGGUGAGGUGGGACGUGGUAAAUUCGGCACAGUGUACAAGUGCAAAGAGAAGACCAGCGGAAUACAACUGGCAGCCAAAUUUGUGCCCAUACCAAAGCGCGAGGACAAGCGGAACGUGGAGCGAGAAGUGGAGAUUAUGAAUUCAUUGCAACAUCAUCUCAUUAUACAAUUGUAUGCUGCAUACGAAUAUCAGAAAAUGAUGUGCGUCGUCCUGGAACUCAUUGAAGGUGGCGAGCUAUUCGAUCGUGUUGUGGACGAUGAAUUUGUUCUCACAGAGCGCGUGUGUCGUGUCUUUAUACGGCAGGUGUGCGAGGCCAUGGCCUUUAUACACGGCAAUGGUAUUAUCCACUUGGACUUGAAGCCCGAGAAUAUUUUGGUGCUCACACAGAAGGGCAAUCGUAUUAAGAUCAUUGACUUUGGACUGGCACGCAAGUUCGAUCCCGACAAGCGCCUGCGAGUUCUCUUCGGCACACCUGAGUUUGUGGCGCCUGAAGUUGUAAACUUUGACUGCAUCUCCUAUGGCACUGAUAUGUGGAGCGUUGGCGUCAUUUGCUAUGUGCUCAUAUCUGGUCUGUCGCCUUUCAUGGGCGAGAACGACAUUGAAACAAUGUCAAACGUAACCAUUGCAAAAUACGAUUUUGAGGAUGAAUGCUUUAAUGGCAUAUCCCCGGAGUGCCUGGAUUUCAUAGCGAAGCUCCUAGUUAAGGACUUGAGCACCCGCAUGACAGCCGCCGAUUGUGUGAAUCACAAAUGGCUGCAGUAUCAUCCCGCGGCCACGCCCCUAAAAAAAACAGCGUCAGCAGCAGCAGUAGCUGGAACAACAGUUAGCAAGAGCGCCUCAGUGAGCAGCAAGACGCGACUAAAGUCAGAGUCGCCCACAACAUUAGCCUCGGAGUCUUCAGAGGAUUCAACGGAAACAAUCGAGGAUGCGGAUGAUGAUGAAGACGUCGAGGAGGACGAGGCGACGGAACAGGACGAGAACAGCGCAGAGCUGGCGCAGCUAGAGAACAAAGAGCUGGAUGCCACGAAGGAUAAUUUAAAGAAUUUCAUAGUGCGCUGGGAGACGCAUCCGAAUAGUCCGUACGUCUUUGACGUCGAGGGCAACGUGAUAGCGCCUCUAAAUGAGACCAGCUACACGCAUCCCCGACGGCCGCAUGGUCCGGACAGCAUCUCCUCAUCGCGAGUUUGUUCGCCCUCGCCAUGCGAGUCGAUUGCGACGCUGACGGACGAUGAGCAGGAGGCUGGGGCGGCCUUUGAGGAGGAGACAGAGCGCAGCGGUGACAGUCCCCAUUCGGUAGCUACCACGCCCAUUAAUGAAUCCCGCGAGAAGCUGUUCCCAGUAGCGGGAGCAGCGGGCACUUCUGGUUGUGCCACGCCCACGCCACAGCAUCUGUUCAAUGAGAACUUCGAUGAGUUCUCCGGCAGCGAAAGCAGCGCACAGCAGCGGCGCAGCAUGAAGAGCUAUCUGCAUACAUUCGAUAGAAGAAACUCGGACACGACCUAUUUGCUGGGAAGGCGCAGUUCCGGGGAGCGCGUCAAUCUGGCAGAUGAAAUACGCAAGCUGUCGGAUCAUCUGCUCAUGCUGGCCGAGAUCAACACCAAGCUGGGUGAUAGCAACAAUAACGCGAGUUCCACGGAGAGCAGCAUCACCCAGGAAGGCAACAAAGUGAAGAGCAGCACACGCAGCACCCGCGUAACAUCGCUUGGUCCGCUGCACAGCUCCAGCUCCAGCAGCCAGACACAAGUGCGUUCUACUGAUGGUCAGCAGAAGAUUAGCUCGUUGUCGGUGCGGUUACAGCAGUCCAUCGAGGAGACGCCAAAGCUGAGCAAUGGCAAUAGUGACAAUAGCUGGUCCAAGUCGCAGCUGCGCAGCCAGUCUACAGUGAGCACUAUGAGUACGGCCAACGCUAAGAGCCAUGUGCAAAAGAGCAGUACAAGCACCAGCAGCUCCAAAUUCAGUUCCAGCAUCAGCACAAGCAACAGCUUCAAUGCCAGCUCAAGCAAUCAUGCCUUCACGGAGUCGGCAAGCAGUCGACGCGCCAAAUUUCGCAUUAACCAAAUGAGUCGCGAUGUGCCCAUCGGCUUGCCGGAUACUCAUCAGACUGUGAAUCUGGAGGAGGCAGCCAACACGACGAAGGAUUGCUUGCUGCAUCUGCUGGAGAAGUACAAUGAGACGAAGAUCCGCAAUCCCGUGGGCAGGCAUCAGAGCAUCAGCGUCGACUGGCAUAUUAGCGAUAAUCUCGAAUACCGAUCCAUGAGCUCCAUCAACGCCUUCUUCCAGCGACACAGCCACAGCAGCGGCGGACAGAAUGUCAAGCACAUACAGGCCCAGCUGGAGGAGAAGGCAACGGGGAAGUAGUCGACAGCCGGUACCAUCUGAAUACUGUAUAUAAUCCUAUUCAUGUACUGUAUACGCAACAAAAACUCAAAAAUCAAUUGCACCUAACUAAUGAGGAAAAAA